CGAUUCCGAGGAUUCCGUCGUCGUUCCACCUGUCCUCAGAGCCAAUUUUCGGAACAGAAAUGUGGAAACACUCCGAGGACAAAUCCUUGGGCUCCGAGGAUUUCCCAGCCAAAUCGUCCUCGGCUCCAAGGGACCUCGCGAGGUCCUUUGGAGCCCGAGGAUCCGCGAUUAUCGGGUUGUCGGCGGCGAGUCCAGAAGGGAAAAUGGAGGUCGAAGGUGGUCCAGUGGUGGUCCACCGGCCAGAAGACGGACAUCGCGAGCCGUCCACGUCCAAAACGUCCACCAACGGCCUCGUCUUUUUACCGUUGGCGGGGAUUGGCAUGCAAGUGCGUGUCCUGUCGUUCAUGGCUGACCUGUACCGCAGGCUCCCUUUGCUGCUGCUUGUCGCUGUGCUGCUGUUUGCCGUUGUCGUCUUUCAUAUCUGCAUCGUCGGUCGCGUCCCUGGGAGGAAACAGACGCUGCGAACGCCGAAGACGGCCAGGAAGAUGGAGAAGCUACAGACGAAGACCACGCUGUCCGUAGGGGCUGGGGGGUUGUCACGUCAGCGUUGCAGCACUGCGGAAGGCGGCAGGCGGCCGUACGACCCAACGCUGUACAGUUACCUGCCGUCCCACGAGAUUCCGUUGCCUCCGAGUGACGACGACGGUGACGACCCCCGAUCCUCAACGGUUCCUCUAGGCAGCGGUUUGACACAGGAUUGGAUGGGGAGCCAGUUGUACAGACAGGCCUCGACGCCGACGUACACUGAUCUGCUGGAGGGGCGGACCCCGGUUGGUUAUGACGCAGGGCUCGUAGAUCUCAGCUUCGGUUUGAGGUCUGGGAGUGGCCAGGACGUCACGCACACCGUUCUCGUGAACCCAGCUUGUGGCACCAACCACACACCGCCUUCGGUGGGGCCGUCGGGCCUUCCGGAUACCCGCGCCCGGUGUUCUGGUCAGUCGGGCGACGAACGUGGACUCCUUUCACGACGGGAUGACGACGAGGGCUCCACUGCGGAGGUCGUGGGACGAAAGGUUUGGGAUGAUUAUCGGCGACAAUCGUGCCAAUCGAGCACGUCCGGCAUAAUGAGAGGGGUGGCGAAGAUUAAUGUAGGGGCGGACGAUACACUCGGCGAUUGCGAUGGUGCAGGGGGUGAAGAUUGCUCGGCAGGCGACGGGCGCAAUGAUAACGACGAGGACGACGACGGGGAGAUGGAGAUUCCUCCGGUAGGGAAGAAACGGGGAGGGCCAAGGGCCACAAACAAGUUCACUGAGCCGCGCGCGGGGCGGAGAGGCAAGAAGAGUGCGGGAGAUACGCCUCGGCCACAACAUCGGAAGGAUGAAGACGAAGACAUGGAAGUGGGCCGACGUCGAGAAGAGGCUCGUGCAGAUGGGGGUGACGAGCAGAAAGGCCGAGGACUGCGGGAAAAAUGGGACAACCUGUACCUGCAGUUCAAAAUCGUGCACAAGUUCAUGGGAGAGUCGGGGAAGCCUGAUUUCUUCACACUAACGCCGCGGGAGAGGAAGGAGCGGGGGUUCGAUUUUCGGAUGGACGAGCGUGUGUAUUCGAAGAUGAAGGCCAUGUCCAGGGGCGAUCACACUAUACACCCCACGAAUCUCGUGGACACGGGUGCGGCUGGAGGUGUUAAAUUGCCCGGCCCACAUGGAGGUCGGAACGAAUCCGGCGGCAAUGACGGAUGCGGGGAUGGACAGGACGACGAUCAGGGAUCGACGAGGGAUUCAACGUUCAGCGGCGGUGGUGUUAGCGGGUGCGGCAAACGGAAGAAUGUAAGACAACAGACCUUCGACACCAUUGCGGACGUCAUGAAGGAGAACGGGAAUCUGAUGGCGACGACGGUGGACAGCGCGAGCAAGAGGCAGUGCUCAAUUCUAACGAGGAGAGCUAGAAGUGCAGAAGGACCACUACUGCCCCUUCAAGCGCGGCAAGCACGUGCUCGUUUCUGCUCGCCAUCAUCGUCGCGGCUCCUGGCCAGUGCCCCUUCGGGCGCAUCGUCCACGUGCUCCUUCGUCCACGUCGCCGUCGUCGACCUCCACGCGUCCACCGUCCACGUGCUCCUUCGUCCAUGUGCUCGUCGUUUCCCCGCCGCGGACGAGAUGGUCCCGAGGAACGCCUCAGGGAAGGGCAGGAAAGAUAGCGGAGCAGGCGACGGGGGGGAAACCCAGAAAGGCAGAGGCCACGUGCCAAAGUCGAAAAGGCAGCGCGUUGAUGAGGCGAGCUCCGAACACACUGAAGACUUUCAGCCAGACGAAGUGUUGAUGGUGGAUGCGCAAGGGACGACAGGGGAGAUGCGAUUGGGUUUCGGGCGGGAUGGGGUGUUGAGGGAACAGCUGUCCGCUCUCAAACAGAGCCUCGUUCAUGUUGGUGUUGCCGGGGCGUUGCAAAGGACCCCGAAGGCGGCAGGGGUUGUCAUCACGGAGGUGCGCGUGCCGAGGCAACUUCCGGCGGUGAUGGACCAGGGCCAUGCACGUCAGCCACUCCCCCUGCAACAGGCGGGGGCUUCAGGGGGAGGGAAAACACAGUCCGCGCAAAAGGGCGAUGCGACGGCGAGCGACACUCGGACGGCGGCGGCGGAUCACAGCAGUAGAAGCGGACUCGCCGAAGGUGCGACCGAGGAGAGGGUCGACGACGUCCGCCGCGACGAAGGAAGAAGAGAUGGAAAGCGGGAGGGCGAUGACGACGACGACCGUCCACUUGUCACGAGGUUGAAGGGAGCGGCAAAGGAGGAUGGUCUGGAGGAGAGGUCGAAGUUGUGGGUUUAUUGCGACGCUUUCUGGGGUCAGGGCCCGAGGAAACCCUUGAGGGAGGCGGUUGGCGAGUGCGCGGACUACUUCGUCGCCAUCACUAACGGAGACGCAGGGGCUGAGCCGCCUGCGAUGCUCAUAAUGUCGCCAAACGACGUGCCGCGCUUCAAGAUCGAGGACCCUGCGCAGCGUGAACCAGCUCUGCGCAGAGCGCGGACCGUGGAAAAACUGGUGUUGCGCACCAUCCAUGGCUGGAUCUUCAAAUCGUCGUCGAGGUCAGUUGGCUUCGCUCUUUGGCAGGGACACGAGUGGUCGAAAGUGGUUUCCCCUGCACUCGUCUACCACAUGCUGGCGAUGAAGAUGGACGUGCCUCUGUGGUUCGCGGGGGUGAAGAUUGUGGAUCGGCUUGAAGACGACGACAUGGCGGCGCGGCAGGACGCGUCAGUUCUUCACGUCGCGGAGUGCUGGAAAGAUGCACUGUGGUGUGGACAAUGGGCGGACGACGGCCGCAUGAAACAUGAGAGGUGGUCUCGGCUUGCGGAUUGUCUUCGAGCGUUGUUGAGCGCGUGCAUGUGGAUCGUGCGCAUGGGUGGUGACGACGACCGCUCGCACUACGAGGCGUGGUUGUACUCGUCCAUGGUCGCCAAACCCACAACGAUAGCGGCGGGGUCGUACAUCUUCAACUGGAGGCGACACAUCGUCGACAACGCCAACCUCGUCUUGGAUCGUAUAGGGAAGGAUCACCUCACGUUGGGAGAUUACCCGCACUGCAUUCUGGAAUGGUGUGAUUGUGGGUUGGUGUUCGGCCAGAACGCGGCCCUGAAGAAUGCAGCGGAAGCCGUGAAACACGGCUGGAUCGGCAGCGGGCCCGCGGCGGAGGAAGACGGAGAUGAGGGCAGUUGACACGUCGGUUCGUCCAUAACGCAGCGGCGGGGUGCGGAUCGUCGACUGAUUGGCGCGUGGGAUCACGAAACGACUUACGCCGCGCCUUCGACUGCAGACGGGGCCGCACGGGCGGGAUGGGUGCCGGCGGGUGUUGGUGGUUGAGCGGGGGGAGCGUGAGGUGGGAGGUCCUGCGCAGCUCCAAGGGCGUGUCCACGUCAGCAGACGUCGUGCCGACGUCAGCAGAUGUCGUCGGGGUGCAUGUGUUGUGAACGAUGGUUUCCUUUUUUUUCUGUUUUUAUUUGGUGAUUGGAGCGCACUUUGUACCUUCGCUCCGCAAUAGGGUUUCUUGGCUCGGUGGAUGACACCGCCGAAAUGUACGUAGGUGGCAGGAGCAGUCUGUGUAUUGUGCGGUACGCUUCAACGGUCGAUAGUCAGAAGCAACAGGAAAUCGCCGCCUGAAAAUUAUUUUGUUGUUUAAUGAAUUUUCUUAAAUUUA